UCAAAUAGUUUGUCCAAUUUACAAAAAAAAUUGAGUGUCUUUUCUCUUUCUCUCCAUACCAGAGUCUUCCCUAAUGCAUCUAUUUCCAAUCUAGCAGACUGGGGACAUUUUGCUCGAAAGUACUGCUGCACUGCACUUUUGGAACCACAGGACCCAAUGUUCAAGCAAGUUGGAAAGGCAUUCAUUGAUGCCAUGUCUGAGGAGUUUAAUGGUACUGAUCAUAUCUACAACGCAGACACUUUCAAUGAGAACCAGCCCAGAUCAAAUGAUUCAGCUUACCUGUCGGCUGCCAGCAGGGGGGUGUACCAGGGCAUCGUUGAGGGGGAUCCCCAGGGGGUGUGGCUCAUGCAGGGCUGGUUAUUCCAGAAAACAGAUUUCUGGGGCCCCUCCCAGAUCAAAGCUCUCCUGCAUGGUGUCCCUAUUGGUCGAAUGAUAGUCCUGGAUCUGUUUGCGGAGGCCCGUCCCAUCUACAAUGCCACCCAAUCUUUCUACGGUCAGCCAUUCAUAUGGUGCAUGCUCCACAACUUUGGAGGAAACACUGGUCUUUAUGGGAAGCUGGAUGCUGUCAACAAGUUUCCCUUUGAGGCCAGACAGUUCAACAGCUCCACAAUGAUUGGCAUGGGAUUAACACCAGAGGGCAUACUUCAAAAUUACGUCAUGUACAACUUCCUGACCGACAUGACCUGGAGGUCAGAGAGCAUGAAUGUCUCAAAAUGGAUUGAGGAGUAUUCCGGCAGACGCUACUCUCCAGAGUCUGGGCACAGUGAGGAGGCAGCAAAGGCCUGGGCUAUCCUACAAGCUACUGUCUAUAACAACACAGGCAUUGAUAAAGAUCAUCAGCAUGCUGUACCUGUUGUGAGACCUUCAAAUAAAACGAAAUCUGUGAUUUGGUAUGAUUACACUGAAGUGGCCAAGGCAUGGGGUUUCCUACUACAAGCAUCUGAGACAUUAGGAACAAGUUCUUUAUUCAGAUAUGAUCUGGUGGAUGUGACAAGAAAUGUUCUACAGGACCUUGCUUUUGACUUCUAUGAACAAAUAAUGGCGUCUUUCCAUGCCAAGAACAUCACAGCUAUCAGAGGCAAUGGCACUCUAUUAUGCAACCUGAUUCUUGACAUGGAUAACAUCACUUCCUCUCAUCAAGACUGGUUGCUAGGUACAUGGCUGGAGGAUGCAAAGUCUCUAGCAACCAAUCAUAAAGAAGAAUCACUGUAUGAAUACAAUGCAAGGAAUCAAAUCACUGUCUGGGGACCCCGAGGAGAACAUUUAGACUAUGCAAACAAGCAGUGGGGAGGAUUACUUCGAUCGUAUUAUUAUAAUCGAUGGCAACUGUUUGUGCAGUUCUUGGAUGGAUGCAUAGAACUCCAUGUACCUUAUGACCAAAGCAAGUUCGAUAUGAGAUCUUUUAUCAUGGAAACUGAAUGGACUAACAGCACAGAGAAAUUUCCCACUAAACCUGUUGGAGAUACCGUGUCCAUAUCCAGAGCCCUCUACAGCAAGUAUGAGCCGUACAUCAAGGAAGCAAGAACAACUGGGAGGGCUAAGAAGAGGAUAGAGGAGGGAAGAAAGCACAGUGCAAGACAGGAAAGGUUACCAUACUCCUACAUGUAUGUUUAGUGAUGUGUGAGAGAGAGAGAGAGGACCCGAGUACUACCUCGCUGAUCAAAGAGGGCAAUAUUGGUAUAUGUAUGCUUCUUUUGGUAGCUUUUUUUCUGAUUUAUGUCAAAAUUUGACUCUGCUCAAGGUGCAAUUAAUAAUAAUAAUAAUAAUAAUUUGUUCUUUUAUAGCUCAUUUCAUGUCUGUUGACAUUUCAAUGCGCUUUACAAUUUUACAAUAUACAUAAUUAUUUAAAGCAUAACAUGAUCAUAAAAGGAAGAUGAAACAAAAAAAUAUUUAGAAAACAAUGAAGUGCUUACAAAAAGAAAAAUUAUAACAUUACUUAUCCUUAAAUACUAUCGAUGUGCUAAUUUGAAGAGAUGAGUUCAGAUAUGAAUGUUUCAAUAUUGGAUAUACAACGUAAUGAGUUUGGGAGGGAAUUCCAUAGAAAUGGUGCUAUAUGAGUGAAGGCCCUAUCACCAUAUGCUUUUGUUCUGCCUCUCUUAGCUACAAGGAGGUUUUGAGAUGCAGAACGCAAAGACUUUGAUGGAACAUAUUGUAAGACAAGAUCAGAGAGAUAUUCUGGAGACAGACCAUUGAGUGAUUUGAAGGUUAGCAAAAUAAUUUUGACUGGAUACGGAAUUUAACUGGGAGCCAAUGUAAAUCUUUGAGGAUGGGUGUUAUGUGUUGACAUUUCUUUUGCAGGGAAACCAGACGUGCGGCAGAGUUUUGAAUUUGUUGUAACUUGUUCAUAUCUUUAUCGCAAAUACCAAUGAGGAGACUAUUACAGGUGUCCAGAAGUGAGGAUACGCAAGAGUGAAUGAGAAUUUCAGUUGAGGCUUUAUUCAAAAAUCUGCGGACUUUGCCUAUUCUUCUAAGAGCAAAUGAUGCUUUGCGGCACACAGUAUUAAUGUGGCUGCGCAGAGACAGAUGGUUGUCCAGAAUAACUCCGAGAUUGCGAACUGUCUUGGAACAAUGAACUGGUGUAUUAUUAACAGAUAUUGGUAACAACUCAUUCGAUUGUCUAAAUUUAGAAGACAGAUGAAGAAUUUCCAUUUUACACAUAUAUCCAGUUUCUGUGUUAUGUGGUUGAUUUCAUCAUCAAUUUUACAAUUGAUGGGAUGGUCAACCCAGAUUUUGGUUUAAUGAUUUCAUUCCAGGUGAUUUCACUCACGCAUACUCACUCCUAAACACCAUUCAUCCCAAACAUGGGUAAGGGCAAUUUGAUGAUGAUGAUGAUCAGCAUUUGUAUGGCGCCAUAUAUCUGUUUCAGAUAACAUUCAAAGGCGCAAGCUCCUCCAAUAAAGUUUGAGUGAAGCUUUGAAGUGGUCCAGGUUGUCAAUUUCGCGAAUAGAUGAUGGGAGGGAAUUCCACAGGCGAGGAGCAAUAGAAGAAAAUGCUCGGUCUCCAUAUCCCUUGAGAUGAGUAAUGGGCAUCUUGGCAUCUAGGUGCCCAGCCUAUCCAAGACCAUAAUAUUAACUCCAUGAAUCAUGCCAUCAUCUUUUACAGAAAGAUCACUUUGUCUUUAAGAUAGUGGGACUGGAAUAUUGAUUUCCUUUAUACUGAAUCACACUAAAAACUUGGCUUCCAAAUCUACUUUUUUUCUUUCUGUGGGUUAAUGUAAUAAAAUAAAUUAUAGGCAAGCAUUUUAGAUGUUCAUAGUACUAAUAAUACCACUACUAAAUUACUAUGGAUACAGUAUUAGCACAGAAUUGGAUGAAAACAAGGCUUAUUGCAUGUAUUAAAGUACAUGUAGCAGGAAGGGAGUGAGUGGGAGAGGCAGAGGACUUUGAAUAGUAAGAACAAUGAAUUAGAUGAUGUAUAUAUUUCAGUUAUAUAUUUUCUACCAAAGGGUAGGGUCUUUUUUUUUGGUGAAUGGCUGAAAUUGUUAAUGUCAUUAUACAUGUUGUUUGAUCAGGAAAGAAGUCUAUUUAUCAUUUAUAUUUUGUAUAUUUUUUUUGUGCUAGAAAACUCAGUAUUACUCAAAUGAAAUGAAUGUUUUGUAGAAAGAAAGAAUUUGUGUUUUCAUUCAACAAUUUUUGCUGUUGCCUAUGUUGCCAUUCAACUCCAGGAUAUUAAAACACUGUGCAAAGUAUGUACAGGUUCAAAUGUGUAAACAA